CAGCUGUUCUUGGCCGACUUCACAUCAGAACUACUAUAUUGGCCUGAGACAGACGUAGCGGCGGUACGCACCUGAGGAAUUCGACACUCAAACAAUCUUUCCCGAAAAACAAAAAGUACUUCGAGUCUAAUCUUUUGGUGAAAAGAACUCUUGAAGUCAUGAUUGUAUCACAGCUUCUCUCUGCUCUCACUUGUGUGCUCCUCAUUAAGGAGAGCGGAGCCUGGUCUUACAACGCCUCCACGAAAACCAUGACUUACGAGGAGGCCAGUGAGUACUGUACGCAGAGGUACACACACCUGGUCGCAAUUCAAAACAAAGAAGAGAUCGAAUACCUAAACUCCAUAUUAAACUAUUCACCAAGUUAUUACUGGAUUGGAAUCAGAAAAAUCAAUAAUGUGUGGACCUGGGUAGGAACCAAGAAACCUCUGACCAAAGAAGCCACGAACUGGGCUCCAGGUGAACCCAACAAUAAGCAAAACGAAGAGGACUGCGUGGAAAUCUACAUCCGGAGAGAAAAAGACACGGGCAUGUGGAACGAUGAGAGGUGCAGCAAGAAGAAGCUUGCCCUGUGCUACACAGCUGCCUGUACCAACGCAUCUUGCAGCGGCCAUGGUGAAUGCAUAGAGACCGUCAAUAACUACACUUGCAAGUGCCACCCUGGCUUCAGUGGACUCAAGUGUGAGCAAGUUGUGGCCUGUAAAGCCCAGGAAGACCCUGAGCACGGAAGCCUGGUCUGCACCCACCCAUUCGGGAGCUUCAGCUACAAUUCUUCCUGCCGGGUCAGCUGUGAAAGGGGCUACGUGCCGAGCAGCACGGAGCCCACGCGGUGUGCAUCCUCCGGAGAAUGGACUGCUCCUGCUCCAGCCUGCAAUGCGGUUGAGUGUGACGCCUUGAUAACCCCUGCCAAUGGGAUCAUGAACUGCUGGCAAGGUCCUGAAAGCUCGCCAUGGGACACAACCUGUGCAUUUGACUGUGAGGAAGGAUUUGAACUAAUGGGAGCCCGGAGCCUUCGGUGUACCUCCUCUGGGAAUUGGGACAGCGAGAGGCCAACGUGUAAAGCUGUGACAUGCAGUGCUAUCCAACGGCCUCAGAAUGGCUCUGUGAACUGUAGCAACUCCGCUGCUGAAGAGUUUUCCUUCAAGUCAUCCUGCAGCUUCACCUGUGAGGAAGGCUUCAUGCUGCAGGGGCCAGCCCAGGUUGAAUGCACCGCGCAAGGGCAGUGGUCAGAGCAAAUGCCAGUGUGUGAAGCUCUCCAGUGCACGGCCUUGUCCAGCCCAAAGGGAGGGAGCAUGAGUUGUCAUCCCAGUGUUUCUGGAAGUUUCCAAAGUGGGUCCAGCUGCGAGUUCUCCUGUCAGCAGGGAUUUGUGCUAAAGGGAUCCAAAAGGCUCCACUGUGGCCCCACAGGGGAGUGGGACGGCAGGACGCCCACCUGUGAAGCUGUGAAAUGUGAUGCCGUCCACCCACCCCCAAGGGGCUUGGUGAAUUAUGCUCAUUCCCCUACUGGAGAAUUCACCUACAAGUCCACCUGUGCCUUCAGCUGUGAGCAAGGCUUUGAAUUACACGGAUCAGCUCAACUUGAGUGCACAUCUCAGGGACAGUGGACACAGGAGGUCCCCUCCUGCCAAGUGGUACAGUGUUCAAGCCUGGCAGUUCCCGGGAAGAUCAACACGAGCUGCAGCGGGGAGCCUGUGUUCGGCACCGUGUGCAACUUUGCAUGUCCUGAAGGGUGGACGCUCAAUGGCUCUGCGGCUUUGACAUGUGAUGCCAUGGGACACUGGUCUGGGACGCUGCCUACCUGUGAAGCUCCCGCUGAGUCCAAUACCCUGAUAACUGGGCUUUCCGUUGCUGGAACCUCUAUCCUGACAUUAACAUCAUUUCUCUUCUUCCUUCUGAAAUACUUGCGGAAGAAAGUAAAGAAAUUCGUUCCUUCCAGCAGCUGCCAAACCCUUGAAUCAGAGGGAAACUACCAAAUGCCUCCUGAUCUCGUUUAAGUUCAACAGAAUCAGGAACACAGAAGCAUCCGGAGAACUCGGGCCACACACUGCAGACAGCAGGGACAGAGAGUUCUCCUCGGGUCUCUGGCCCUUCUUGCCUACUGUCCCCACUCCCUUUACAGCCGGGAUGGAGGCACCCACCACAACUCCAAUGGCCCCUGUGGACGAGGCCAGCCUCCCACUGAAAAGACUCAAGUUUUCUCUUUCCCAGCCUCAGGAUCAAGAAAGUGCUGCUUCCUGAAGGGAACAAACAUUUUCUCCCAAGCAAAGAUGAAGAGACCAAGAGUCUGGAUCUCAGAUUUCCUUUUCUCACUCUCCCUUGCUCACUGGGAAAUCUCAGUUGGGGAAACAGUAUUUUGGGGCUUUGUUUCUUUCUUUUGCCCCUCACGGUGUUUCCACUGUUGAUUGUAUAGUUACUGUCAUGGGGAUGAAUAAUAAGUAUCAAGAGAGGGAAACAAAUUGGCCCCAGAGUAUUCUAACUUGAAAAAAUGACAAAUUUUUAAUGUCCACCGGUGACUGCUUGGCAAGGGGCGCCUUUGUAGAUGGUGCAAAUCCUACUUAAUGUUCUGUGCGAGGAUUACUAAGCACAGUCUUAAAUGUUUUUAUCCCUAUGGGAUUUAAUGCUUUUUAAAGGGUUCUUGAAGACUGGUUGUUUUAAUUGAGGUGAAUGUAGUAUAAUCUUUCAUAAUUGUCAAUUCAGUGCAUGUGUAGUAAGGAAUUAAAAAAUGUGUAGAUGUUUUGAACGAUGAUAGGGUAAAAGUUCCUUACCCUUGAUUACCCCUUCUUUGUUUCUUAACAAAUUAUGUCACAUCUGUAGUAAGUUUACUUCAAAAAAAAGGGCAAAUAUUAUCUGUCCCCUAGCAAGGCAUAAUGUUAACUAGUAUAAAGUUAUGAGUGUUUUGCUAUAGUUGUUUUAAAAACAUUGUAGUAUCAGGAGAGUAAAAACUGAAUGGAGGGUUUGUAUACUGUCAGGUAUGUUUUCAGGAAUGUGUAGUUUCCAUGAUGAAAAACUUUCAUGAGACCAAAUGUUCCAAUUUGAUAAAACCAUACAUAAAUGCAAACAAACAGAAGUACAAUUUUAUGAAUGUCUUUGUUGGAAGAAACAUGUAGAAAUAUGGAUGUGCUUUGCAUUCCUACAAAGAUGUUUGUCAGAUGUGAUAUGUGAAUAUGAUUUUUGUAUGUUACAUAAAAUUUCAAAUCCAUAAUAGGAACUCACCAUGUAAAAGAUUCAUCUAGGAGAUUUUUUAAAAGCAAAAAUGUCUGAUAAUUAUUCUCUACUUGUUUUAUCCUGUAUGUUAGUGUGUUCUGGAAGAGGGGAAAGCCUGUGUGAGCAAGUGUUUGUGUUUCUUUAUAAGCUGAUUUAAAAAUUCCUAAGGAAUCUUCAGUUACCAUUUGAGCACUGGCAGUGAGAAAUUCUCGUUCGGUAAUUGCCAAGGCUGGUCCAGCCUCAGAGUGUGAAAAUCAAAACUCUCCCACACUCCCAUUAGCUCAGCAUGUACAAAAAAGGAAAGUUUCAGAGAAGUGCUGAGCAGUAAACAUGGCCCCAGUUAACGUGGAGUGUAAUGAGGAUCAGAAGAGUGGAGGUUUUUGAUGGAUCAGAACUUUGGGAAAUAGAAAGAGAGAACAACUAUUGUGAUCAGGUUACAUACGGAAUGAAUUAUUAUUUUCCCUGAAAUUGUUCAAAUGUAAAUAUUUAUGUAUAGUGCAUUAGAAAUAGUGUGAAAUAUAAAUGUGGUCUGCUUUUGGGUUUUUUAAGGUAUUUUAAAUUAUGAUUUAAAAUAUUUUACAGUUUUUUAAAGUAUGUAUUUAUUUAAACUUAUGUCAGUUUGGACCUAUUGUAUUUGAUAU